AAACGAAAUCCUUCAAAAGCCAUCAAAACAUUCACACUUCCACAUCCACCAAUUCAAGCUGCUGCUGCUGCUUCUUCUUCUCUCAGUUCCUAUGGCUUCUUUUUCAGUCAUCCUCGCCUCCUGUGUGAUGCUUCUUCUCUUCUUCACCUUCUGUGAAGCUAGAGAUAUCGUGGUCGGUGGCAAAACAGAUGCAUGGAAAGUCCCUUCUUCAGAAUCUGAUUCUCUCAAUCACUGGGCUGAAAGUUUCCGUUUCCAAGUCGGAGAUUCUCUUGUGUGGAAAUACGAUGCUCAGAAAGACUCGGUGCUGCAAGUGGCCAAGGACGCAUAUGUUGAUUGCAAUACUACAAACCCAAUUGCAGAGUACAAGGAUGGGAACACCAAGGUGGAGCUGGACCGAUCUGGGCCCUUCUACUUCAUCAGUGGAGUGAAGGGAAACUGUGAGAAAGGUGAGAAGUUGGUUGUGGUGGUUCUGUCUUCAAGGCACAGACUCAUUUCUCCGGCACCUUCUCCAGUGGAGUUUGACGGUCCGGCUGUCGCUCCAACAAGCGGCGCUUCAAGCCUGAAGAGUGCCUCGUUGGUUGUGUUAGGUGUUGCUUUUGCAGCCUGGGGGUUGUUUUAAAUUUGGUUGAGCAGAGAAAAAUUAUUAUUUCAUUCUUUUUUGUUUAUUUUUUAUUCUUUUUAUUAUCAUUUAUUUUCUUUUAAGUUAUGAAUGAUAUUUGGCAUCCCGAUUAAAGAGUCAGUUUUAAGUA